UGCCAUAUCUCUCUAAUAUCUAAUUAAUGGUCGCGAGUAAUCGAUAUGUAGUGAUGAAUCGAGUUUUGCACAGUACGUUCUAGUAAAUAAAAUAUGUGUUAUUGUUUACAAUUGUUAGAAAUACUGCUGUAUGACAAUAUAAUUUAAAAUUUGAGAUAAAAGGAAGUAGAAAGAGGUGGUAUAAUUUAAAAAUAACAGGAGAAUCAAAAUGUCAGAAGAAAAAAUUGAGAGUCCAAUCGAUAAAACAGAAGUGGCGCAAAUUGAAUCCAUGGAAGAUAAGAUAAAAAUAAAACAAGAUGAUAAAAGUAAACAAAAACAUAAACAGGAGGAUGCUAUUGAAAAACCUAAUGGUCGAACGAAUAAUAAUGAAAAUAGCAAUUGUUAUUGUGGCAAGGACAGAAAUCUAAAUAUUAUAGAAUUACUAUGUGCUAGCUGCUCGAGAUGGUUCCACGAAUCUUGUAUCGGUUAUCAAUUGGGUAAAUUGGUACCCUUUAUGAUGAAUUAUAUAUUCAUGUGCAAAAAUUGUUCCCCUACGGGUUUAGAAAGUUUCAAGAAGAAUCAAGCACCAUUUCCACAAAUGUGUGUAACGGCAAUAGCAAACUUACUACAAAUGUCUCAGAAAGAAAAUGAACAGAAAACACUUUUUCAUAAGGACAAAGACAUUAUUCCUUUCAUUGAAUGUCAUUGGGACAGUAUGACUACUAUGCCACGCAGAGUUACUCAAUCCUGGCAUGCGACGAUACAUAGGGCCCUAUUAAAAGAUGUUGGAUCACUGUUCACUAUUGAUGACAGUGCUUUGGAAGGUCAAUUAUUUGGACUUACAUGUUCUGAUCUUCAAACAAUAAAACCUAACUAUGAAGCAAUGAUUAAAGGUGGCCAUUUAAAAGUAACUGAAAUGGGUGUUCAACAUGUUAUGCCACUCAGUGGAGGCCUUCGCGGUCGCAAUGCGAAACGCAAAUUUCCUGGAGAAGGAGCGGGUACGGGUCCUGGGAAAAAGGGUAGAGGUUCGGAUAUGACAGCUCCUAAAUUACCUGCUCAUGGAUAUCCUCUAGAACAUCCUUUUAAUAAGGACGGUUACAGAUAUAUCCUUGCUGAACCAGAUCCCCAUGCACCUUUUAGACAGGAAUUUGAUGAAAGUAGUGAUUGGGCUGGAAAACCUAUCCCUGGUUGGUUGUAUAGGGCUCUAAGUCCAAGUACAGUUUUGCUUGCUUUACACAAUCGGGCUCCACAACUCAAAGUUUCUGAGGACAGAUUGGCAGUCACUGGGGAAAAAGGCUAUUGCAUGGUCAGAGCAACUCACAAUGUAAGUAGAGGAACAUGGUAUUGGGAAGCUACUAUUGAAGAAAUGCCCGAAGGAUCGGCUACUAGACUAGGCUGGGGUCAAGAAUAUGCUAACCUACAGGCUCCACUUGGUUAUGACAAAUUUGGAUACUCUUGGAGAUCUAGAAAGGGUACGCGAUUUCAUGAAAGUAGAGGCAAACACUAUAGCAAUGGUUAUGGAGAGGGUGACACUUUAGGUUUUCUAAUACUUCUACCUGAUACACAUGAUGCAUCACAUUUACCAAAUACUUAUAAGGAUCGACCCUUAGUUAAAUUUAAAAGUCAUCUUUACUAUGAAGAGAAAGAUCAAGUACCUGAAGCGCUUAAGGCUUUGAGACCGCUGGAAGGAAGUAAAAUUAUAUUUUACAAAAAUGGAGUAAAUCAAGGAGAAGCUUUUAUUGAUAUUAAUAAAGGGGCCUACUAUCCUACUAUCUCAAUUCAUAAAAGUGCUACAGUUUCUGUGAAUUUUGGGCCAAAUUUUAAGUAUCCGCCUUCAAAUAUUGCUUUCAGAGGGAUGCAUGACAGAGCGGAAGAAACAAUAGCGGAACAAUGUAUGGCUGAUAUGCUUUAUUUCACCGAAAACGAAGGGAAAUUAAGACUGGAUACUUUUGCUUUAUGACAUUAAUGUAUUUUUUAUUUUCGAAUUCAUUUUUAUUUUUGAUUAAAUAUAUUGAUCAUCA